UGUGACUAACCUAUUAUUAUAUAUUUUGUGUGGCUAACUUUGCUGCUUACAGAGGUCACGUUUUUUUCGUGGUGCAUGAAUUUUCACAAUUUGAAAAUUAAAAACGUGAUAUUAGAUAGUUAUGUACAAUAUUAAAGGACCUAGUAAAAUCGUUACAAAAACUACUACACGAAGAGGUAUUUCACAAACCAUUGAUAAUUAUAGAGAUCAUAAUAAAAACAAAUUAAUAGAAAAUGAUGAUUAUGAUUCGGCAAAUGUACCAAAGCCCGUUUUUCACAAAAAAUCAUCGCCAAACAGCCAGAGACAAGAAAAUAUUUCCCCUCAACAUGAAGAGAUUAUAAAGUUCAUUCAUGAAUCAUGGAAUUCAGUUUGUUUAGAAUUAGAUCAGGAAAAUGGUGACUCCGAUGGGAGUACAAGUCCCCAAAGUGAACACUCGGUGUGUUAUUACGAAGAUGAACCUUGUGUGUCUUUACAAGACUUUAAACCAUUUGAUUUAGAAUCAUGGUGGGGUAAACGUCUUUAUGCAUACAUUACUAGUUCAGUGAAUACAAAAAAUUAGAUUAUAUUUUUGUUUUUUAUUGUCAAAUUUUUCAAUUUUCACUUUUUAACUAUGAAAACUUUUUAAAAUAUUUUUAUGAUUGUAAAUUACUUGACAAAAUUACGUGUACAUCGGACAUAUGCUACUUAUCUUUUAAUAUUUUUGAAAAAAAAUUUUACGGGAAGAAGUAUUUCGAAUAGGUAUACCUACUUAAUUUCUAAUAAUAAAUUUUAUAUUGAAAAACAUUUUAGUAUUUUAAACCAAGGAAAUGUCGGUGAUUAUCAUUUUUAUGACAGCUAAUUGUAAACAUAAUUUAUUUCAAAGUGCCUCGAUAAAAUGUUUGGGAGAAAAAAAUUAUACACAUUUUGUUUAUUUAAAAAAUCCAUAUUAACAUUUGUUCUUAGAUUGUUGGAAUAAAUUGAAGAAAUAAUAAAGGCAAUAACAGAAAAUUGUAGUUGUAUAUGGUUGUCUCUGAGGCAGUAAACUUGAUUAAAUUUAAAUCUCACACUUAUGCAUUAUUCAUAUCCAUUGUAUAGAAAUAUUCAGUGUAAUAACGUCCGUAGAAUAUUCUAAAUUCUCAAAAAAACUCCAAUAGGCAAUUCAUAAGUAGGUUAAUAAGCCUGUAGCCAUAAAGUAUUCUCCAGCGAUAUCCAAUUAAAUCCAGUAGUUGGACAUAGAAGAGUGUUGAAGUGAAAAUAACUUCAGAUUUUAACAUUUAUAUUUUUCUGUUUAAGUUUUAGUUAUCAAUUUGUUGAAAUAAUAGCAUGUUCGAUAUUUUAAUUAGUUAUUAGUUGAAAGUAGUCAUAUUUAAUAGCUGACUCAAAUAAAUUCAUGAAGUUAUUCAUGAAUUGAGUAAAUGCUUUUAAUAUUUGUAUGUUUUUCUAUUUCUCAUAUGUAUUUAAUUAAAUAUUUUGCCACUUGUGAAAAUUAAUCAAACAUACUCUUACACGAAAAGGAUCAGUCAAGGGUUGUUUUUGUGAAACUAUUUUGUCCAGUCAAAAUUUCAUAUUGGAAAAAUAUUAGUAAAAAAUCACUAGAUGUAUUUGUUAUCAUCUUUGUCUGUUUUUUUUUUUUUUUUUCAGUGUAGACAAUACCUCCAUAUAAACAAUUCUUGUCCUUUUGAUGUAAGAUUAUAUUAAAUUUAUUUGAAAAAAAUCAAGAUAUGGCUCAAACAAAUAACUUCAGAUAAUAAAUAGUUUUAGACUACCUAUUAAGAAAUUGAUUUUUUGAUAAAUUAAAUAUUUUUAAACAAGUCGUUUUAAUUUAAUUUUGAGUCAAUUCUAUUAAUUUUUUUCAAAACCUUUUAAUGCAAUUUUUUGAUUUAGGAAUGCAAAUCGUUUGAUAACUUAUGCUGUAACUUUUCUUUAUGUCAUAUUCCAUUAAGAAGGCAAUCUUCACUAAUUACAUUUUUUGCCUAUGAUUUUAUUUAUUUAAUUUGGAGGCACUUAAAAACUAUAUUGAUGUGGUGACUCCUUUCAUUUGAACCUUCUGAAAGCAAUUGUUUUUUAUUGACUAAGUUAAUGUUUGGAAUAUUUUUUUCUAAUACAGUUACCUUUUUAUUUGUUUGUACAGCUUUGUUUGAGAGGUAUAUAAGAGGUUGUUCAUUAGAAAUGUGAUAAAACAAUGUAAAUAUAUGUAAAUAAAAAUUAACAAAAUAAAUUCAUAAAACAAAUA